AUGACUAUUCGUUUGAAAGAGAAGGGGAAGAAAAAAGGAAGACAAGAGGAGCCAAGGAUAAGAUGGUGGACUCUAAGGGAUGCAAAGGCUAAGGUUUUUACAAAAAAGGUAACUAAGGAUGCGGAUUGGGAUGGAGAGGUGGAUCCAAACAUGAUUUGGAGUGACGAAACCUUUGCAGCGUAUAAGGAGGCUAAGAUUAAGGCAAAGACAAUUAUUCGCCAAGCUAUAGAAAAGACUUAUCAGGAGGUUUAUGAAAAGCUUGACUCUAAGGAGGGAGAAAAGAUUAUUUAUAAGAUGGUAAAGAGAAGACAAGAGGCAAGGAAGGAUAUUGGCAUGGUAAAGUGUGUCAAAGAUAAGAACCAAAUGGUCUUAGUACAAGAGGAGGACAUCAAGGACAGGUGGAAGGGGUAUUUCGAUGAAUUGUUUAAUGGAAGUAAUGGAGUUGUGAUAGGAGAUACCUCCGUGUGUGAUGAAGAAAUCAACAUGGAGUAUGUGCGGAGGAUUAGGAGAGUAGAGGUGGAGAUUGCAUUGAAGAAGAUGAAGCCUAAGAAGACAGUUGGCCCUGAUGGUGUACCGAUAAAGGUGUGGAGGUGUUUCGGUAAGAUUGGUAUUGAUUGGUUAACAAACCUUUUCAACAAGAUAUGGACGACUAUAGGGAUCCUGCAAGAUUGGAGGAAGAGCACCUUGUUCCCGGUCUAUAAAAACAAAGGAGACGCUCAAGAUUGUUCUAACUAUCGAGGGAUCAAGCUUAUGAGCAACACUAUGAAGUUGUGGGAAAGGGUGAUUGAACAUCGAUUGAGAGCAUGCACAAGCAUUUCGGAUAACAAGUUUGGUUUUAUGUCGGGGAGAUAUACUAUGGAAGCAAUCCAUUUAAUAAGACAAAUGAUGGAGCACUACUAG